GGGUCGCCAUUCCAGCACCUUGGGACCCCAACGUCCAUCGGCUCUUCGAACUAUGUGGCCCGCCCAUUGCCACUUCAGAUUCGCAACUCGCUGAGCUAUGUCAGUGACUUUGGUUCGUCUGCGGAUCUCCUCAUUCCUGAUUCGAUCACGCAGGGAAAGUCCGAGCAUAGCUCGCUCUAUCGCCCGCUGAGUGAUUUUGAGCCUUCUAAUAAGGCCCAUAGUCAGCGACCAAGUCUCGGAUCCGUAUAAAAACUCAACUGCCACUAAAAACUCAGAAAUACAAGGCUUUUAUUUUGUAACUGGAACUCUCGAAUUCUCUUAAAUAACGCUCAAAUCGUUAGAUUUUCGAAAUGUACACCUAUUAGCUAAUAACUAACCUACCUUAUCCUUAUGGUGGACGGGCUGGUUGAGUAUUUUUGAAGAUGUCUUUUUUUUCUUUAUUCUUUGUUAAUUUUCUAAUAUAAAUUUGAAAUUGUAGGUGUCUUUCACUUUAGUCACAUGACAAAGAGGUUUGCGCUUGUAACCAAAAAAGAAGUAUUGUACUUGUUUCCAAUAGGUUUGACUGCUUACCUAAUGGGAUGCGUGUUCGUUGAUAGGAAAAAUCCUAGAGAAGCUCACUAUACACUGAAAGCCUCAGCUGAUGAGUUGUUUAAAAACAAGUACAAAAUUGGGAUGUAUCCCGAAGGAACAAGGAACACAUCUCACAAAAUAUUGCCUUUCAAGAAAGGCGCUUUCGCCUUGGCCAUCGCUUGUCAAGUUCCUAUUAUACCAAUCGUUAAUUCACCUUACUAUUUUUUGGACUCGGAAAAACGCAUUUUUAGGAAAGGUCAAGUAAUAACUCAAUGUCUAGAACCCGUAUCUACUGAGGGGUUGACGAUGGAUGAUUUGCCAGAGUUAAUGGAUAGCAUUCAAAAAAUGAUGCAAGAGACCUUCGAUGCAUUAGGCAAAGAAAUAGCUGAAAGGAAUCACAAAAAUAUAUAUACUAUUUUUUAA